AUGCUACAUUCGAAUAUUUGGUCGCUGGUGCCUCUUCUACUGCCGGGGCAUUAUGGGUGGUCGAAAAGCACGACUGGGAAUAGUUGUACAUAUCCAUCUCUUGGUGAGGCAACGUCUGAUCAGCUUGAGGCUGGGCUUAGCAAUGGAUGCUUUACCAGUGUUGAUUUAGUGAAUGCUUAUAUAGCGAGGAUUAAUGAAGUGAACUCGACGCUUCACAUGGUGGUUGAGAUCAAUCCUGAUGCUUUGGAUAUUGCUCGGGAGCUUGAUGGAGAGAGAAAGAGUGGCAAGGUUCGAGGACCUCUUCACGGUCUCCCGGUCAUGAUCAAAGCAAGUAUAGGCACUAAAGAUCAAAUGGAAACAUCAGCUGGUUCGUACGCUCUUAUUGGAGCAAAAGUCCCGGCCGACUCAACGGUUGUAGCCAAGCUCAGAGAAAACGGUCUUGUUAUUCUCGGAAAGACAAGCAUGUCCGAAUGGGCAAAUACUAGGUCACUGAAUUCCUCAAAUGGUUGGGAUGCACAGAGCGGUCAAACUUAUGGUGCUUAUUAUCCCAAGCAAGAUCCUUGUGGCAGUUCAAGUGGAAGUGCUGUUUCGACUGACUUAGGACUCGCUUUGGCAACCCUUGGUACAGAGACAAGUGGAAGUAUUUUAUGUCCAAGUGACUCGAAUAACAUUGUUGGAAUAAAACCGACUGUUGGGCUGACCUCGCGCUAUCUGGUCAUUCCCGUCAGCGAGCGUCAAGAUACCAUUGGACCACUGGGGCGAACUGUCAAGGAUGCAGCCAAAGUUCUGCAAGCCAUUGUUGGAGAAGAUCCGAAGGACAACUAUACCCUGGCCUCACCCUUUGCCAACACGGGCCCCCCAGAUUAUGUCGCUGCGUGCAAGUUAUCUGGGCUCAAAGGAAAGCGAAUUGGUAUCCCGAACAAUGUGAUUGCUCGACUGGGCAUCACCAAUGAUCCGGUUAUGUCUGAAUUCGAGGACGCUAUGUCAGUGAUGUCUGCUGCGGGUGCCAUCAUCAUCAAGAACACAAACUUCACAGAAUUCGAUGCUUUAAUGAACGAUACUCAAGAUGCAAAUGCUGUGACGGCAGGCGAUUUGAUCAGCAAUCUUGCAGAAUAUUUCUCGGCGUUGACCAGCAAUCCCAACAGCAUUUAUAGUCUGGAGGAUCUGCGGGGAUUCACGCAACACGAGCCGUUGGAAGAUUAUCCACACCGCGACACUGCAUUGUGGAAUGAGGGACUUGCCCUAGGUAUCAACAACACAUCGCCGCAGUUCUGGGCAUCUUAUCAACAAAACAUCUACCAUGCCGGAAAGGGAGGAGUGCUGGGGGCAAUUUCACGUCACAACCUUGAUGCUAUCCUUUUGCCCACGAUGAUCGCGUCUAGUGUACCAGCUAUGGUGGGUUCUCCGGUCAUUUCAGUCCCUCUCGGCGCAUCACCAAAUGGAACAUCGGUUUUGUACGACAAGACCGGGAAUCUAGUCCAGAAUGCACCUGGAUUUCCAUUCGGGAUUAGCUUUCUGGGUGAGAAAUGGAGCGAAGAGAAGCUCAUCGAAAUUGCUUACGCAUUUGAGCAAAAGACGCAGAAUAGACAAAAGCUUCGAAGAUACAUCGAAGCGAAGACUGAGUUGAGUGAUGUUGUGUAA